AUGAUUAAUUCAAUGCUAAUAAUAAUUAUUCUAUCUUCGAAUACAUACAUCAAUUGUAUUCCUAUAUCAAAUAAUAUAUGGGCAUUAAAACAAAAUACUGGUUCAUUUCAAUUUCAGUCACAAAAUCAAGUACAAACGUUUAAUACAAGUGGAUAUUCAAUGCAAGAACAACGUCAAACACAAUCAUUUAUUAACACUAACAUCAAUGGACAACAAAUUAUUCAGCAGCAAAUGCAACAACAAAAUCAACAGUUAAAUUCAAUUCAAUCACAAGCUCAACAUCAAUCUAUAAAUUUUGGAAACUUGCAACCAAUAAAUACAUUACCAAUGAUUAUUCAACCAAAUCGGAAUGAUGGUUUACAAAUUCCAAUCAAUCAAGCACAACAAUUAUUGGAUCCACAGAUAUAUAAUCAACAAAAAUCACCUAGUCAGUCACGAAAUGACGUUGAUCAUUUAAUACCUGAUCAUCAACAACAACAACAAUCAACAGAACUACCUCAAGAAUCUCAGGAUAGUGAAAUACAACCAACACAAGAAAUCCAGAAUAAAGCCAAUUCUCAACAACUCGAAUCAUCAUCACAGUCCGCUCAUUCACAAUCCGAUGCUGAUGGUUUGAUAUUGGUACAACCACAAUCAUCUGAACAGUUUCGAGAAUUACAGGAUAGUCAAAAUCAAUCACCACAACAGUCACAGCCUGAAAUCGACUCACAACGUCAACUCGAAUCAUCAUCACAGUCCGCUCAUUCACAAUCCGAUGCUGAUGGUUUGAUAUUGGUACAACCACAAUCAUCUGAACAGUUUCGAGAAUUACAGGAUAGUCAAAAUCAAUCACCACAACAGUCACAGCCUGAAAUCGACUCACAACGUCAACUCGAAUCAUCAUCACAGUCCGCUCAUUCACAAUCCGAUGCUGAUGGUUUGAUAUUGGUACAACCACAAUCAUCUGAACAGUUUCGAGAAUUACAGGAUAGUCAAAAUCAAUCACCACAACAGUCACAGCCUGAAAUCGACUCACAACGUCAACUCGAAUCAUCAUCACAGUCCGCUCAUUCACAAUCCGAUGCUGAUGGUUUGAUAUUGGUACAACCACAAUCAUCUGAACAGUUUCGAGAAUUACAGGAUAGUCAAAAUCAAUCACCACAACAGUCACAGCCUGAAAUCGACUCACAACGUCAACUCGAAUCAUCAUCACAGUCCGCUCAUUCACAAUCCGAUGCUGAUGGUUUGAUAUUGGUACAACCACAAUCAUCUGAACAGUUUCGAGAAUUACAGGAUAGUCAAAAUCAAUCACCACAACAGUCACAGCCUGAAAUCGACUCACAACGUCAACUCGAAUCAUCAUCACAGUCCGCUCAUUCACAAUCCGAUGCUGAUGGUUUGAUAUUGGUACAACCACAAUCAUCUGAUCUGUUCCAAGUAUCCGAUUCACCGAUUUCAAAUGUCUCAAAUCCAAUGGUUAAGCCGCAUUCCAAAUUUGGCGAUUCAUCUUCUGGUGAACCGAAACAGUCACUCGAAUCUCAGCUAUCUCCAGAUUCUUCAUUGUCCGGUCAAUAG